CUACUGUGGGCGUGGCUUCAACGUUUGGUUAAUGAUAAAACCACGCUGCUAAACUUAACUCUUCCCCACUCACACCCGGAGUCGCUAGGCAGGCAGAGGCUUCUCACAAACGAGGACUACAACCCAGGCAAAGAUGGUCAAAGUUGGCAUCAAUGGAUUCGGCCGUAUUGGUCGUCUGGUGACCCGUGCUGCUUUCACCUCCAAGAAGGUGGAGAUUGUGGCCAUCAAUGAUCCCUUCAUUGACCUGGAGUACAUGGUCUACAUGUUCAAGUAUGACUCUACCCACGGUCCCUUCAAGGGUGAGGUCAAGAUUGAGGGUGACAAGCUGGUGAUUGAUGGAAAAAAAAUCACUGUUUUCCAUGAGAGAGACCCCGCUAACAUCAAAUGGGGCGAUGCUGGUGCCCAGUACGUUGUUGAGUCCACUGGUGUGUUCACCACCAUUGAGAAGGCGUCUGCUCACUUGAAGGGUGGUGCCAAGAGAGUCAUCAUCUCUGCACCCAGUGCUGAUGCUCCCAUGUUCGUCAUGGGUGUCAACCACGAGAAGUACGACAACUCUCUCCCAGUCGUCAGCAACGCUUCCUGCACAACCAACUGCCUGGCUCCCCUGGCCAAGGUCAUCCAUGACAACUUCGGCAUCAUUGAAGGCUUGAUGAGCACAGUUCAUGCCAUCACCGCCACACAGAAGACUGUGGACGGUCCUUCCGGCAAGCUGUGGAGGGACGGACGUGGUGCCAGCCAGAACAUCAUCCCAGCCUCCACUGGUGCUGCCAAAGCUGUCGGCAAGGUCAUCCCUGAGCUCAAUGGCAAACUGACUGGUAUGGCCUUCCGUGUCCCCACCCCCAAUGUCUCAGUGGUUGACCUGACGGUCCGUCUGGAGAAACCAGCUAAAUAUGACGACAUCAAGAAGGUUGUAAAGGCCGCAGCUGAAGGACCCAUGAAGGGCAUCCUGGCUUACACAGAGGACCAGGUCGUCUCCACAGACUUCAACAGCGACAGCCACUCCUCCAUCUUUGAUGCUGGCGCUGGUAUCGCUCUUAAUGACAACUUUGUCAAGCUGGUGUCAUGGUACGACAAUGAGUUUGGAUACAGCAACCGUGUGUGCGACCUUAUGGCCCACAUGGCUGCCAAGGAGUAAACUAACCAGCCAAUCGGCCUUCCCUGCACUAUGCCACAUCAGCCACAUCCUCCUGGAUUCAGAGUUACACAUGUGCAAUAAGACAUUGUUUUCUGUGACUCUGCCUGGUUUCCAUCAGAUGUUUGACCCCUUUAAAUGCCUGAGGAAAGAUCCCACAGAGAGCAAACAAAAAGAAUCAAAUUGGUGACCAAUAACUUUUUUUGUAUUUGUUAAACUCCCUGUUCUGUUCUUGUGUGAGAUGGAGUGAAGGUGUGAGUUUGUCUGUCUGUGGUGCUUCAGUACUGCAGUCAGUGGUGGAAUAAAGUCCUCUGUUUGUGA